AUGGCUCUCCGCGCGCUCGCCAGCAAUGCAGGCUUCCAGUGGGGCCUGCGCGCCCAGUUCGGUGCCGUGACCCGGGCGUUCUCCUCGGUCCUCCCCGAGGCCAAGUAUGCGGCCUCCCACGAGUGGGCCAAGGUGGAGGGCGACACCGCCACCAUUGGCAUCUCGGACCACGCGCAGAGCGAGCUGGGGGAUGUGGUGUAUGUUGAGCUGCCAGAGGUCGGGUCCACGGUCACCAAGGGGGAGACCUUUGGCGUCGUCGAGUCGGUUAAGGCGGCCAGCGACGUGUACGCGCCCCUCAGCGGCACCGUGACGGCCGUCAACGAGGCGCUGGUGAAGGAAGCCGGCGCGAUCAACCAGGAGCCCUACGGCAGCGGCUGGAUCAUGAAGAUCGAGCUCAGCGACAAGGGGGAGGUCGACUCGCUCAUGGACGCGGCCGCCUACGAGAAGCACUGCGAGCACUGA